UUACAGUGAGGCCCACACAACCUCAGCUCUCAAGGCAGCUGUGCGAGUCACACUAUGCGGAAGGUUCUCUCCAUUCUGAGUAGCGCUACGGAAUCAUGGUUGAGCUUUGGCUCAAAGCUCUUGGACACUGGACCACUCUACCUUCCUGAAUGCGGGAGCUGCUUCUCUUGUGCCUGUCGCACCUGACACUGACUUCAUUCUGUCGCUGUGGAAACAGCAAGGCCUCCGAAAGGGGAAGCAGGAACGGUGAGCUCUCUGGAGCAAGUCUUGGUUGAUAGGAUUGGGUUGGAGAGCUUUCCAGAGAGAAACAGAAGGCGGCAAGAAGUUGUUUGUUCUGGAAGGAACUCUUGAAGAGACAGAUGAAAAAGCAAGUGUCCCUCCAGACUCUGGGGAAGGCGAAAAAGAGAGAUGAUACUUCUCCAGACCCCAAGAGGUUGGAAGGCCAACUCACAGCCCCAUGGAUCUCACCAGGUUCAACCGUCACUAAUCUGGACACCCAGGUCCCAAAAAUCAACUUGAAGCUGAAAGGGAAACGAAAGCAUUUGGGGCCUUCUGACCAGCUCCUGUGCGUGAAGAUUCCAGAGGGAGACCUGGGCCGGAAACCCAGCCAGCUCUUCUGGGGUCUCCCCUCUCUGCACAGUGAGUCCAUCAUGGCUACUCUCCUGGUCCCCGUGAGCACCUACUCAGCAGAGCCUUACCUUGUGUCGUUCAAUGGGGUCUGUAAAACUGUUACAACCCCAGUCCUGAGCUAUGGUCUUCCAGCCUUCCCCCAGCCCCAGCCCCAGCCCUUGCCUCUCACCCUGGUCCAUCCUCAACCUUUUCCUAAGGUCGCUCCCCAGCCACAGACUCUUACUGAGGGAAAGCCCCAUGCCCACAUGAAAUCUCCACUGUCUGCCACGGCAUUGCCGUCUCUGCCCUGUGGAAGUGCCCUCCAGAUACCGCAGCCCAGGACCGUCUCUGACACCCUAAACAGGAAAGAACACUUGCAAUACCACUUGCUUCAGGAUCCUCAAGAUAGUUGGUGGAGUUUGGUCCCUGAAUGUCAGCGAUGUGAAACUGCCUUUGGUCUUCCAGUUCACGGUUUUCCCUUGGACAGCCAGCCUUCGCAGGCCUAUGUUUCCAUCCCCGAGUCUGGCCUUUUUCAUUUCAGCAAUGAACAUCAGAACAGCCUGGACCCCUAUGGACCAAAGGACCUAAUAUCACCCUGGUGCUUCAAGCCGUGCAAUAGGCCAGGAGUGCCAGAAAUGAUGGAUACUCCGUUCAAACCAACAGGAGCACCCUCCUACUGCUACAAACACGCUAAGCCUCAAUGCUGCAUACACUGGGGCAACAUCUGCACUGACCCCAGGACUAGAGAACUAAGUCACUCAGAAAGUUAUUGUGCAAAGGUCCCAAUGAAGCCACAGCUAAGAAAGGAUGCAGCUAAGAACCUUGGCCAAAUCCUAGGGAAAUGCCCAUUAGACAACCCACAAAUGAUCUCAGGGUGUUAUAUACUAAACGAUUUGAAAGCUAUCCCUGAGACAGAGUGGGGAUGGACAUGUCAUUCAAGGACCGGCUUGGAAAAUGAACAGCUCAGUGUCUCAAGGAAGAACUCGGACCAAAGACACAUGAGAGGCAUUCUGAGGUUACACGUGAGCAGGAAGUGCUGGCAGAUCACUAUGGGUCGGAUCCCAGUUGAGGUGUGUUGUUCAUGGCUCGCUGAAGAUACAUCUCGCUGGAGAUCACCCCUGGAGAAGAUUCACUGCAAUACUGCUAUUCCAGAAAUACAUUUUAUUGAUCACAAGACCCAGAAGACACUGGAAGUCCAUAUCAUAAGAUUCCGGGUGAAUCAGAAAUGGGGCCUCCCCACCAAGGUUAUUGAAUCCAUAAAAUUCUGUAUUUUGAGGGAAGCAAAGACAUGGCCCCAACCUCAGUCUUAUCUCCCCUUAUGGUUAAACAGUAUUCCUGGGCUGGAUUUGAAAAGUAACUUUCUCAGUUCCCUCAGGGGAGGCUCCAACCUUCUUUAUGGAGACAAGAUAGAGACCACAGAUUCAGCCUCCUCCACGGAUCACUCUCUCACCCUCUUACAUGUAGACAGCGAAGGAGAGGGGUCCCUGACACAGUCAGUCUCUAGCACCACCUCCAAUGUUUCAGAGACAGUUCAGACACUUGAGGAUGGCAGGCCCAGCAACUCAGACCUGAGCCAGGAUGAGGCCGUACUACAAAGCAGACCCGAGCAGAAGCAGCCCAUCAAGGAAGAAGUGGCUAGGUCUGAAUCAGAGAAUGAGGUAGCAAGCUCUUCCUCUCAUCUAGUGACCGCUGAAAGCAAACAGAGUGUAGAAAAACAUCCACAAUGCAUGGUGACACCCAACAUGUUCAAAGAAAUAUUCAAGGCCCAGGAGGUGAGAGUUCAUUCAGGGUCUGGCUGUAGUGUCAAGUCAGAAAACUCCAGAAAGACAGACAGAGAUGAGAGCAAAUCAAGCACUACAAUGGCCACAGGGCAGAACCCAUCAAGGAUGUCACUUCCUGAAGAACCGACAAGAUUGGACUUUAAGAAGCAGCUGUUUAAGGAACUAAGGUGGAAGUUGGAGAAUCAGCCACAGGGCCAGAGUGAAGCCUGGGAGAAUGAGUCAUCCUUUGUCUCGGACAGCUUUGUCUCGGACAGCUUCUCCGGCUACUCACCGUCAUCUUCCAACAGUGUGUCUAGCGUAGACGUCUCCGUUUUCAUGGACAUGCAAAACCACGUGUACAGCACAGGGAUUAGUGUGGAUCCGUGGCAGGAGCCCAGGGUCUUCAAACAUAUCUUAAAGAAUUUUGCACCAGCUGAGAAGAGACUGGCGUUGUCGGGAUCCAGAAAAGAAGAUGGUAGAAAAGACCGUGAGGAAUCCCAGACCCCCAAAGCAGGAAAGAAGAGCCAGCCUCGUAAAGAGAAAUCAGACAAAAGGGAACAUCCUCCCGACGGUUACUUCAGAAAGAAGAUGGGACAAUUUUUCCAGUGGCUUUAUUCCAGCAAAGACAGCACGAGACAUAAAUCAGAGAAAGACCGGGCUCUCUUUAUGAGCUGUGGGCCUCCUGAAGCCCAUGAGCUCAUGGCCUCCCUUGGGAAACUCCUGGAAGAUAAACUGAUGUGUGGGCAGAAAUCCGAGUUCCUGCAGUGGAGCCAGAGGAAGACCCUGCCAGCUCAGCCAGAGCUCAAGGGACAACCUUCCAACCUUGGAGCUGCCGAUGCCCAUCAUGGAGAAGCAGCGAGUAACUGCUCCUGUCCCCAGACAGACAUCACCCCUGGUCCAAGUCGUUUGCUGGGCCUUGGGCGGAAACAUCAACACAUAUCUUUCGAGCACCCUCCCUCUGCUCUGGAAAGACUUAGUUCCGUACAAGCUCCGCUCGCAUGAAGGUGCAUCCUGGGCCUCCCACUCCUCACAUCUGCCACAGGCUCCGCGACCCUUCACCUGAAGGGAGAAGCUUCCGCAAUGGAAUCUCGUCUUCGUCUAAAAUUUUCUUUAUUAGUUUCAGAGCUAUACACACCCUGUGAUGAGAAUAAUGUAUUUAAUAGAACCAAGAAUAAAUGUUUCUUCCGACA